AUGAAUGACGACAACCCGACAAGACCCUUCGAGUCCGUCUCAGCCGACUUCUUUGUUGUUGCAGGGAAGUCUUUCCUCGUCGUCGUCGAUCGCCUGUCAGGAUGGCCUGUUGUCGCACCCUGCCAAGGCGAUACUACCGCUUCCAAUACUAUCAGGAUCUUCUGCCGCUAUUUCCGUGAAGUUGGUGUCCCCCUUCGCCUAAGGAACAGAUGGAGGCCCCCAAAUCACCAGCGCAGAGUUCAAGGAUUUAUGAAGCGAUGGGGAGUUCGACACAUGGUAACCUCACCCCACUACCCACAAUCGAAUGGUCACGCUGAAGCCGCUGUGAAGUCGAUCAAGCACCUCAUCCUCAAAACAGCCCCAUCUGGCAACAUUGAUUGUCAUGUAUCCCUGCCCACCCUCAAGCAUUCUCCAAAGGAGUGGCAGUCAAGACCGAAAGAUUGUGACCGCCGUGCUGCCGCUCGUUACAAGCAGGUAAAGACCAAGUACGACAAGCAUGCCCACCCCUUACCCCCGUUGAGCGUCGGACAGCAAGUUCGGAUUCAAGACCCGACCUCUCAUCGUUGGGACAAAGUUGGCACUGUCAUGGGUCAUGGAAGGUCAAGAGACUAUCAAAUUCGUCUCCCUAGUGGUCGUGUGUGGUGGCGUAAUCGUCGUUUUCUUCGCCUGGUGCCACCCACUAAUAGUGACCCCUUUCUCCCUGUCCCUGUGGCCCCUAGCCAGGACCUAGAAAGAGAGUCCUUAGUCAGUAUUCCUCCAGUAAACCCACGUCGUUCCCAAAGACUCAUGGAAAAGGAGUCCGCUCGAGAAUGCACUACGAGCGUGAGGGGGAGGGAGGUGUAG